UUGUGGGAUCCAUGAGUCAGUCGAAAAAAAACAUGGCGGACCAAAUUUCUCUCUGAGUCAGUGAUCUUCCUGAUCAAAACUUGUCGUCGGGUGAGCUGUAAACGUUAGAGUCCUGUCGUACAUUAAUUUGAAUAGUUUUUAAGACAUUAAGAAAUUCUGAUCUUCUGAUGUAGGACGUGAACAUCCACAAGAAACUAGCUAUUUCUGUUCGGUUCUGUUGUCACUAAGUACUCAAAGCGAGACGGUUUCGAUUGAAUGAGACAAUAUGUGAGGAAAAAAUAGAAAAAGCUGGCUCUUUGCGGGCAUUGAGACUUUUGGGACAGCAAAUCGAAACCAAGAGGGGGAGGCUUGGUUUGCUGAAGAGUUUUCAACGCGACACAGGCAAAGUGUUGUUCAUACUUCCUGUUCUCUUGACCCGUAUUCUUCACGCGCCGAUUCAUGCUCUGCAAACUUUCCUCUUUGGAAGACAUUUUGUGGCUGUAGCUUUCAAGAAGAUGCCGUCUUGUCUUCAUUUGAACUCUACCGAUGAAGUAAAUGUGGAAGCGAUUAAAAGGAAAAUGAAAGAGGGGAGUUGUGAUAAUUGUGAAAAGUCAGGAUCAGAUUUGUGGGUCUGCUUGCAGAAGUGUUGUUCCUUUGUAGGGUGUGGGCGAUUUGGUAGCAAUCACAUUGAGCUUCACAAUCAGGAAACCAAUCACCACUUGUGCUUACAACUUCAAGAUUUUAAAAUGUGGUGUUUUAGCUGCCAGGCUGAAGUGCAGCCAUCUGAUAGCUCUGCAGGUAGUACUGACGGAACUAGUCCUUCAAGACCAAAGACUCAUGAGGUUUUGGAUAUGGAAGAUGCUCUAGAAUUGGAGAAAGGUUUAAAGCCAAGAGGGUUAUGUGGCUUGUCAAACCUUGGAAACACUUGUUACAUGAAUGCGGCUCUUCAAGCUCUAUCAAACUGUCCACCCCUAACUCAAUACUUCUUGGAAUGUGGGAGCUUUGUGAAAGAAACAAAGAACUCUUCUGUCUGCAAACAUUAUUCACUUCUAGUUGAUGAAUUAUGGUCUAGGAAAAGACCAAGAUAUGUUGUGCCAUCCCAGCUGCUUCGUAGUGUUCGGCAGAUCAACUCACAGUUCAGAGGUUAUGGGCAACAGGAUGCUCAGGAAUUCCUACGCUGCAUCAUGGAUCAGUUACAUGAGGAGAUGAGGCAGCCUUUGCUGUCACUGACAACUGACCCAGAUUCCUCAGAAAGUGAUGAUGAAGAACCAAACCAUCAGAACAAAAGAUUGCUAGGGGGAACAAGCCUGUCUCACACUGAAAACCUGCAAGAUGAUGAUGGUGAUGUGGACAUGUAUUCAGACAGUGGUGAUGAUGUCACGAAUGACAAACCACUUCAUGUUGACACAGCAGAAGAGCAGGCUGACCAGGAUAUGGAGUCUAAUGGGGCCUCCAAAUCCAAGCGCAGGAAGACUAACACAGAUCCUGUGGAUGAUAAUGAUGUGACCGUGUCUGUCGAGGGUGAGACAAUGAGUAAUGGUGAAACAGAGCAUCCUUAUCAAGUUGAUGAAAACAUGGACAGUGAGGAUGUUGCAUUAAUCAAAGAAGAAAAGCCUGUAGAUUCAGGCACAAAGGAGCAUAUGAAGCAGCCAUCUCAUCAGGAAAGAGCCAAAAGGGAGCAAAUAGCUGAAAGAAGGAAGAAAAAGAAGAAAGUACCUUUGAACUACAGCAGUAUAGUGACUGACCUAUUUGAUGGCACAAUACAGAGUUCAGUGCAGUGCCUUACUUGUCACAGGGUUUCAUCAAGGGCAGAAACAUUUCAAGAUGUUUCACUACCAAUUCCAGGCAAAGAUGAGCUGACAGUUCUUCAUGCUUCACAAUGCACACCUUUAGCAUCAUGCUCAUCUGUUAUAGACAGAGAUCAGGAUAAAAGCUGGAUGUCAACAUUACUUGAAUGGCUGAGAAGCUGGUUUUUAGGUCCACAAGUCACACUUUCAGACUGCUUGUCAGCAUUUUUUUCAGCAGACGAAUUAAAAGGAGAUAACAUGUACAGCUGUGAAAAGUGCAAAAAGCUGAGAAAUGGUGUCAAACUUUGUAAAGUAAUGCGCCUUCCUGAAAUUUUGUGCAUUCAUCUGAAGCGUUUUAAACAUGAAAUGUACUUCUCUUCAAAAAUAAAUCACUUUAUUUCAUUCCCAUUGACUGGAUUGGACAUGAAACCAUUUUUGGUUAAAGAUUUUCAUAAACAGGAUCCAACCCAGAGGUGUACCACUUAUGAUCUUGUUGCCAUUAUCACACAUCAUGGCAAUGUUGGAGCUGGACAUUAUGUUACCUUUGCCAAAAACUAUAUCAAUGGUAAAUGGUACGAGUUCAAUGACUCCUGGGUCAGUGAAGUUUCUGAUUCAUAUGUUGCUGAUGUGGAAGCCUAUGUGCUGUUUUACAGGAAAUCAAGUGACGAAGCCACCAGAGAACGACAGACUUUCUUCAAUUUACUGAAAGAUGCUCAGACCCAUGAAUCCAGGUAUUUUGUUUCAAAGAAAUGGUUGACAAAGUUUCAGUCUUGUAUGGAGCCAGGUCCAAUCACAAACUCUGAUUAUUUGUGUCGCCAUGGAGCUGUUCAUCCACUGAACUUUGAGAAAAUUCAUGACAUUACAGUUCCACUUCCAGAAUCUGUGUGGAAGCAUCUUGUUAACCGGUUUGGUGGAGGUCCCCCAGCUACAAAGCUAAACAUCUGCAGACACUGCAAGAAAGCCUUAGAUGACCUUGAAAGAAGAAGACAAAGAGAAAUGGAAAUGUUCAAGAGGUUGAAUCAUGAGUAUCCAGCCAAUGAAAAUGUGGAUGUGUAUUUCAUCAGUAUGCGUUGGUUCAAACUAUGGGAAAUGUUUGUAAAAGGACAGGAAGAUGAUCCUCCAGGCCCUAUAGACAACAGCAAUAUAUUUAUUUUAAAGGGAAACACAAAAGUACUCAAACCAAACUCUGAAAAUGGGCAGCUGUCACAAGAGACAUGGACAUUUUUGCAUGAUAUUUAUGAAGGAGGUCCUGUGUUAUUUUAUGAGGGAGAAAAGGACAAUGAAGAAGAAAAAAAAGACCUCCAGGAUGAGGAGGAAGAAAUUCAACAGGAGUGAAACAGUUGAUAGGUCCUGUAUGCAUUGACUGCCAGACACUGAACACCUCUGGACUGCCAAACCCUUUGAUGAUAGUUUUAUUCUCUGCAAGCCUUUAACAAAUUAAUCUA